CAUCUUUUCCAGUCAGUGGGUGGGUCGACUCGUCACUGACUUGUGAAACAUACCAGACAAGAAGUUCUGUAAAGUCACCACCAUUAACAAACAAGAAGCUCCUUCUCUCUCACUCUGCUUCAGUGUUUCUCCAGAACCCAGAGGGUGAAGUCACACUUUUAAAUCUGAAAAGGUGGAAUAUUUUCUUGGAGAAAAUAUUUUACCUCAUCUGGACUGAUUGGCAAAAGUGGUUCAAACUUACCAACUCGUGUGGAUAUUCUCCAGCAUCUUUUCUACACUCAGCUAGGUGGCACACAACAAGAUGUAUCUCCAUCUGUCAGUGCUAUUAUUUCUUUCACUUGCUAGGAUAUGUGUGGGGGACGAACUUGUAGAGGAAGUUAUUGUACCAAGAAAAGUACAUCUAUUGGGUGGCUGGUUUGACAGAAGCCCAGAGUUGCCAGAGGUUCAAGCGGCCACUCAACACGCUGUGGACAUGUUCAACACACAUUCAAAGGUCAAGAGGUUGUUCAAACUGGUAUCCAUCACAACUGCACAGACACAGGUGACCAACAGCAUCAACUACAGGAUCAAUGCUGUACUGAGAAAAACCAAGUGUCUCAAGGGUGAAAAUCAUGACUUGAACAAUUGCAAGGUUGAGAAAAAGCACCUGAAAUGCCACUUUGAGGUGAUGUUUAACCCCCGCAACGAAAAACAUGAGGUUCAGAUGCACAAGUGCAAGAGGCAUAUCCCCGACAUUCAAGAUUAACAGUUUUGCUUUUUUCCCUUAGAUUUUGUUCUAGUAUAAUGAUUAGAAAUGUUGCAUGUGUAAACAACAACUUUAGCCUGGCAAACAAGUCUGACUUUUGCCAUGUACAACAUACAUGACAAGUCAGUCUGGUCUUUAAUGGUUUCAAUUAGUUUUCCACUAUGGUCCAAUCUGGGCCAGUAAAUGAGGCUGGACUUUGUGAUGCAUCAUGAAGGGGAGCCACGGUGAAUCUUACACACUCAUAGGAAUUUGGAAGGUGCAUUCUCGUCUUUUUUCCCAUUUAUCUUAUGAAGAGGCUGCUGUAUGGGGCACGAUGGAAUUUUUUCAGCAUCCUUUGCAUAUACGCCUUGGCUUGCUGUCAGAGUCAAAGGCAGACUCAACUUUUUCAAAUUGACUUUUAGUAUUUAUUCUUUUCUAAAAAAAAAAAAAAAAAAAAAAAAAAAAAAAAAAAAAACCUGUAUGCGACAAUAUACAUUGCACUCUUAGAUUUUUGCAACAAAAAUGGCAGUUAUCGUAUCACAUUACUAAAGAUUGUUUGUGAACUAUAAAUUGUCUACAACCAACAGCGUGAGUCGCAUCGCGUUUACCGUGCUUUAUCCGUGCUUCUUUUAUUGGUUCUUUCUGAUUCAGUCAAUGCUUCUUACUCCACCUCUAGCAUCAAUUUUGAAAUCCAGCACAAACCACUCAAGACCAGAUUGACUUUGCUCUUAUCUUGUACAUGCCGAAAGUCAGGCUGGCUUGCCAGGCUAGAAAAACUUACGAUGUUACCAUGACAAAACAAAUAAAUAAAGUGUUUGCUUUGUAGUAAAUAGAAGGAAGGUGUGAGAAUGGUGUAUGUCUCAAUUAUU